AGGUGUUCUGUUGUGGGUUUAUCAGGUUGAACCCGCUUUCCAGUGUAGUCGCCCAAGCCUUGGUUGCACACUUUCGCAACUGGGUGCAAGUCGUUAGAAGGCUACCAGGCGAGAAAGAUUGCAGUUUUGAGAGGUCUUCAGCUGCUUGGAGCUGUUGGGGAACUGUGAAAUGUCGGUAUACGUUGUUCUGGUGGUGUAGGUUUGCCGUGACAGAUCUAUGCUUUCAGGGUUACAUUCAGAGGUUGUUUGGUGAGUGGUUUUGUUAGUUUUGUGAAGAGAUUUGGAGAUGGAGGCUCCCGGAAGGCUUGGGGGCCAGAAUUACUCGCCCUGGGUGACGGUUUUUAACAUGUGCAAUGCUGCCAUCGGCUCCGGCGUUCUCUCCUUCCCUUUCGCAUUCCGCCAAACUGGUGUGGUUGGUGGGCUUAUCUUGACCAUUACGAUAUGGUCCAUAGAAGUUGCAGUUCUAUGCAUGCUGAUUCGGGCAGCUGAGAAGUACAAAACUAAGUCAUACCAAGAGCUAGUGGUGGCAAACUUCGGACCCAGCAUGGUAGUUGUGACUUGUGUGACAGUCCUAGCUUUCAUGGUUGGCUCAUUGAUUUCCUACUUCAUCAUCACAGGGGAUGUUUUUCAACCUAUUUUUGCCAGUUGGUUUGGAGAGCACAGCUUAUUUGCCGACCGCAGAGUGGUGAUAGUAUUCUUUGCCAUGGUGGUGAUUCUGCCGCUUUCCCUCAAAAAGAACAUCCGAGAUUUGAGAUGGAGUAGCACGGUAUCGGUGGUUAUGCUCUCAUACUUAGCGAUUGCUUUGGUGGCGAUAAGUGUCAGUCACCUGAUUAGUGCAGGUUUUCCCGAACAUAUCAAUUAUUUUGAGGGAGGUUACCAUACGUUCAUUGCUCUUGAUGUGUUGGUCUUCGCAUUUCACUGCCAUAUCCAAGUCAUGCCAAUAUUUGCUGAGCUUGCUGACAAUUCCAAUGGUUUUUUUUAUGAACGUCUGAAUGAGCCCCUUUUGGGGGAUGAGGACAAAAGUAACGAAGAGCAGCUGUGUCAAAGAAAGUCUAGCAGAGUGAAGCGUAUGGACCACUGUAUAAUGAUAUCCAUGACAGUGUGCCUCGUUAGCUACUGUCUGGUGGGUGAAUUUGGUUACUUGCUGUACCCCGAUGUGCAAAGCGAUCUUCUCAUCAGUUUUGGUUCUAGUAACCUUUAUUUAAACAUUGCGCGUGUCGGAAUGGCUGCGGUAUCAAUAGCUUGUUUUCCAGUUUGUCACUAUCCGUGCAGGACAAUAUUGGAAGAUGGUGUUAGAUAUGUUCUACGUGAUCGAAUCAGUGAGGGGUUUUCACCGACGCUGCACAUUUUGUUGACGUUGUUUCUCUGCGGCUCUGCAUUAGUGACUUCUUUAAUUACGUCUGAUCUUGGGGCUGUUUUUUCGAUUGUUGGAUCUACCGGUGGAGUCCUAGUAAUCUUCAUCAUACCUGGUUUUAUCUUACUGAAGAACAAACUGGGUCAAGUCGACGUGGUAAACCAUGCAGACACUGAAGUUCCGUUUCUACAAGAGGAAUCUGGCUGCACUAAAGCUCUGAAGACUUAUUUGAGACUUGGGUGCGGUGUCCUUCUCCUGUGCUUUGGCUGUCUCAUCUUUUUUGUGACAGCUUAUGUCACAAUAUUCGGCAAGGGGGACUCGAAGCUCUUCCUUAUUUGGAGGAGCCACAUGUAAGUGUGUAGGACGUAGUGUAUAAACCAAAUUGUAUCUGCAUUGAACAAUUGUUGGAAGAGUAUCGUCUAUCGUUUCAAAUGCUGCACGGAUACGAGAAACGCAUUUACACAACAUGGAAGCUACGUCUAGUCGUCUGCCAAUAAAUCAGUGUUUACUGUAAAUCAGGAGGUUGUCUCAUUUGAAUGAUUCCUGUGAUCGUUAAAAGCUUUGGUAGUAAAUUCAUGUUUCAUCUCUGGAGGGUCGGAGGAAUGUGUCACAAGUUGCCUUUGGUUUGUCGUCCUAGCCAAAUGCAAUAUUUUAGUUGUGUGACCGUUUGCUUCAGGAGCUUUGGAAAUGAUGUAGAUUUAGAUCACACUCAUCUGGUUUAAAAAACAGAAUUUCCACAGCAUAUGAUUGGAAAGAUUUUUUCAAUGUAAUAGUGAAUGUUGAGGAAAUCAAUAAUGUAGGACAAAUUGAUAUGA